AUGGCACCCGCACAGCCAGAACUCAAGAAGUACCUCGACAAGCGACUAUUCGUUCAAUUAAACGGGAGCCGCAAGGUUCUAGGCAUUCUUCGCGGUUACGAUGUCUUCCUAAACAUUGUGCUGGACGAUGCUGUAGAGGAGAAGGAUGGAGGUGAGAAAGUCAGGCUAGGCAUGGUCGUCAUUCGAGGCAACUCCGUGGUCAUGCUGGAAGCACUGGAGAGAAUCGGUGGAGAUCGCGACAAAUGA